CAAUCAACUGGUGCUGCUUUGAACAAGCAAAGUAAUCUCACUAAAGAGAUGCAUUUGAUUCGAUUGACGACUUCAAUUAAAGCAGUCCGAUACUUGUUGAAUCAAGGUUUAGCUUUUCGUGGCCAUGAUGAAUCAGAAGAGUCCACAAAUAAGGGAAAUUUUCGAGAGUUGUUACAACUUUUGGCAGAUGGAAAUGACAAGGUAAAGGAAGCAAUAAGUAAGGCUCCAAAAAACAAUAAGAUGAUAGCUCCUGAAAUUCAAAAGGAUAUUGCAGAGUGUUUUGCUGAGAUCAUAGUGAAAUCUGUCAUUGAAGAAAUUGGUGGGGAUGUCUUUUGCAUAUUAGUAGAUGAAUCAGCAGAUGUUUCUGGUAAGGAACAAAUGGCUAUUGUUUUGCGAUAUGUUGAUAAGCUCUGGGAAAUAAAAGAGAGGCUUAUUGCUGUGGUUCAUGUGAAAGAGACAUCAGCUUCUUGUCUUAAAGCUAACAUCGAUCAUGUGUUUGCUAAAUAUGGAUUGAGCUUCAAACAAGUUAGAGGACAAGGUUAUGAUGGAGCCAGCAACAUGAGAGGUGAAUUUAAUGGUUUAGGGGCUUUAAUCAUGAGAGAAAAUAGCUCUGCGUAUUAUAUCCAUUGCUUUGCCCAUCAGCUGCAAUUAGUCAUUGUUGCAGUAGCUAAAAAGAAUGAUGAUUCUAGUGAUUUUUUUGACAUGGUAUCCCUAUUGCUUACUGUGGCGGGGGCUUCUUGCAAACGUAAAGAUAUGAUUCGAGAAAGUCAACAGGAGAGAGUGAAAAAAGCCAUAGGCAGUGGACAACUUAGUAGUGGAACUGGAUUAAAUCAAGAACAGGCCCUUCAAAGAGCUGGAGACACACGUUGGGGUUCUCAUUAUAAAACCCUCAAGAGCCUUAGCAAUCCGUACCCUGAAGUUAUUGAAGUGCUCCAUUAUGUUGAAAAAGAAGGUCCAAAUGAUGCAAAGAGACGUCAAGCUCGUGGUCUCUUGAACUAUCUCAAAGAUUUUGAUUUUGUGUUCCAUUUACAGUUAAUGCUGCUUAUUCUAGGACAUGCAAAUUCUUUGUCACUAACAUUGCAAAGGAAGGAUAAAGACAUCUUAGAGGCCAUGUUAGAGGUGAAGUUAACCAAGCAAAAAUUUCAGCAAAUUAGAGAUGAUGGCUGGGACUCUUUAUUGGAGGCCAUAUACUCCUUUUGUGAAGAACAUGACAUUCCUAAGGUUGAUAUGGAGGAGGACUAUAUUGAUCGUCAUAAUCCAAGAAAAAAGACCAAUCGCACCAACUAUCAACAUUAUAGAUAUGAUUGCUUGAAUCCAAUUAUUGACUUGCAGCUUGCAGAGUUUAGUGACCAUUUUAAUGAGGUGAAUUCUAAACUGCUUACUCAGAUUGCUGCUUUCAGUCCCAAAAAUUCUUUUGAGGCUUUCAAAGUUGAGAGCUUGAUGGAGUUGGCUAAGUCGUACCCCGAUGAUUUUAAUUCAACACAACUAAAGGAUCUUGGACUUGAGCUUCCUAUUUACAUUGAUAAUGUGCGAGCUGAUGAAAGAUUUGCCAAUUUGGAUACUAUUUCUGAACUUGCUGAGCUGAUGGUGCGGACAAAAAAGGAUCUUGCUUUUUCUUUGGUCUAUCGGCUUCUCAAGUUAAUACUAGUUCUUCCUGUUGCCACUGCAUCAGUUGAGAGAUGCUUUUCAGCAAUGAAAAUUGUGAAGACAAUAUUGUCAAAUCGUAUUGGUGAUGAAUUUAUGAGUCAUUGUAUCAUAUGCUUUGUAGAACAAGGAUUUCUAGCCACAAUUCCAAUCAAAGAUGUAAUUGUCCGCUUUAACACGAUGGAGGACCGUAACCGUAGAGGGUAG